CCUGUGCAAUAAUCUGCCUGUUAGCAGCAGAUAGAUUCUCAUUGUUUGCCAUUUCCACUUUCCAGUAAUGGGAAUGAUUACUUGACCAACACAAGCCAUUUUCUGCUGAAGUUUUGGAAAAACCUACGGCUUUUCAUAGCAAAGCUGCGUUAGUGGUUUCUCUCUAAGAAUCAAAAUUUCUGUGGAGUUUUAGGGCUGCGCGGCAUAGCUACCAGAGUGGGUGGACAUUUUCUUCGGUAAUUAGGUAACUGCUCUCCAAUGACAAGAUGUAUCUCGCUGUGCUGGUGAUUCUCUUAUACUGUCCAAGUCUAAAAGCUCAAGACAUUGUGACCAUCAACCAAGUGACACUCACUAGCCCAUCCCACAAAGUGACAAAUGGAAAGUCAAUCCAACUGAACUGCUCUGCGGACAUUAGCAAAAGCACCAGCUUCCAGAUGGAGCUCACUUUUUUAUUUUACAAAGACGACAAUCUUGUGCACAACACCACGUUGAAGGAUGUCCAAGCACGUCACAAAAUAUUCCCAGCUCGAUUAGUGGAUUCAGGAAGCUAUCGGUGCACCGUGGACGCAAAAGGAAAAACAAAAAGCAGCAAUGAUUUGGAAGUUCAAGUGGAGGGGCUGUUCCAGCCGAAAUUGACUGCCCUGAAAACAGAGGUAACGGAGGGUGAAGUUGUGACUUUACGAUGUGAAGAACCAGAAGAAAAGCCUCCCUUCAUUUUCCUGUUCGACAAACUCUUGCCGGAUCAAAAGAAACAAACCAAAAAGAAGCAAGAAUUAAGGGAAAACUUUGCAUCUGUUGACUUUCCAGUCCAAGAGGGGGAUUCAAUAUUGAAUUUUCAAUGUAUUGUCCAGGUUAUGUCACCAUUUGGUAUUUCCACAUCAGACCCCAGUAAUAUGACACUUGUUACAGUUGUGGAACCAUUUUCAAAACCUAAGAUGACUGUCAGGCCCCCACAGAACAUCACAGAAGGAGACAGAAUUGACAUUGAAUGUACAACGGUUCAAGUCCGGAAUCAGGACAUUGAAAUUCUCAUCCAGAGAGACAGAAAGAUAUUGAACAGUACACGCGGACAGAAUUCUGUCACUUACUCUGCAAUAGCCACAGUAGAGAACAAUGGCAAUUACACAUGCAAAGUGGAACUGGGGGGAGUGUCGAAAAGCAGCAGCAUAAACAUUGUUGUGCCAGAGUUGUUCUCCAAGCCAAUAUUGACUCCUUCUUUGACUGACUUAGAUGAGAAUCAGAGUUUAAACCUAUGGUGCCAUAUUAAUGGCUCCCUUAAUGCAAAAUACUCUAUCAUAAAGAGACCUCCAGAGAACGGCAUCUUAUUGAAAAGUUCCAGCAACCUCACUAUCACAGCCCGGGUGAAUGAUACCGGAUCCUAUGUUUGCAGAGCUGAGAUAAAAGGAGUCAUCAAGGAGAGUAACCCUGUACAGAUAACUGUUUACGCGCCAGUCUCAAAGCCAGUUCUUUCUGUUUCCAAUUCAUCCACUGAGAUGGUGUUAGGGGAUACUCUACUCCUACGUUGUCAAUCCGUUUUUGGAACUCCACCUAUAAAUUAUACACUCUUCAGAGGAAACAGAAGUAUUCAGACCAUCACAGUAUUGGAUAAUACGUAUGCUGAAUUCAGGGACAUACAAACAACAUUACAUGAUUUGAGAGAAUACAGAUGCGAAGCUAGCAACCGUCACUCCUAUGAGAAGAUAAGUAGCCAAAGGUUGAACAUCACAGUGCUAACUCCUAUUAGGAAUGUAAGCUUUGGAAGUUUACUCUAUCAGGAAGCAGAGAGUGGUGGAGAUAUUACCUUUUUCUGCUCUGUAAAAGAAGGAUCUUUGCCAAUCAACUUCAGCAUUUUUAAACAAAAUGACAAGAAACCUUUAUUUUAUGAAAGCAAAAUGAGCACUAAAGUCAUCUGGCAGAUGACAUCGUUGAAGAAGCAAGACACAGGGAAAUAUUUUUGUGAAGUCUCCAACCGGGCCAGCUUGCCUGUGCGAAGCAACUUGCUAUUCAUUAACGUCAUCCUGGCUGCAUGGCAGAAAGGGUUUAUCGCAGCAAUUGUCUUGGCUGUAAUUGCCAUAGCAGCUUCUGGUUUCUGGUGGUACUUGCGUAAGAAGGAAAAGGGUAAACAUCCUUCUGUGGAGAUGUCUGGAUCCACAGCAGCCACUAAUUCAACUAGUGAGAAACCGGCAUCUGGACAGAACAAUGAUGGGGAAUUCUAUCCUGUUUUAGAGUCAGUUUACAGCGAAGAUGGUGAAAAUCAUGUAAAAUCAACAGAUGAAAAUAAAGGACCUGACCAGGAGAGUGCUGAGGUGGAAUAUACUGAAGUUGAAGUGUCAACGCCUGAUCCUUGCAGAGCUCCUGUAAAGAAGGGGACUGAUACAGUAUAUAGUGACAUCAGAAAAGCCAAUAAUGAUUCUGGGGGAAACAGGCACUCUGUGUAGAGUGAGGUGAUUACUGGGCUGUGACUAUUGGCUUGAGCAGAAACUUGCAUCAGCUCUGCUUGUGCUCUUGUUCUGUGCUAUCUAGCACCUUCAACAAGGAUAUUUGAAGAUGGGUUGACUGACAGGACUGCUGGUGAAGAUUGUGACAUUCUAAACAAAUAUUAAUAGAAAGCAGAUUCUGACCUUAGUAUGAUCAUUCAAUCAGGGAACAGGAGCAAUGCCAUGUGAGGUUAAGGCCCAGCCGAACUAACCUUCAUGGCACAGAUUUCCUGAACAGUCAAGGAAUGAUACGGUGAAUAGCUUGGAACACCAAACUAAUCAGAGGAAAAGCCAAUUUGCGGAGCAAACGAGAGGCUAAAUGCCUCCCUGGAGUGAUCACUUUGCUCUGCUGAUAUGCAAAAGGCAAAGAACAAGCACUUCAGAAAUAAUAACUACAUUAAUGUUAUUUAUCAAAUACUGCCUACACUGUUCAAUAAUGUAAUGAUUAUUAUUUGUCCUAAUGCUGUUCUGUUAGCACCCAAAAUGGGCUGGGUACUGGGUAAACACACAGGAAGAUACAGUCUUUGUUUCAAUAGAUUUAUAAUCUUAUUUAAUAAAUAAUUGAGACACACACAAGGAAAACAACACUAUGAUAAGACCUGCCCUCAUAAAACUAACAAGAAUAAAAGAGAGAAGGAUCCUAUCAGAUGCUAAAUUCUGAGAUCUUUUGCUCAGUCCCUGCUUAGGCUUUGUCUAUACUGGCAUGUUUUGUCACCAAAAACUGGCUUUUGGUGACAAAACAGCAAGAGUGUUUAUACUACAAUGAGAUUUUUGUCGGGAAAAACACCUAGUUUUGGCGACAAAAAUCUUCCAGCCUAAGACUUUUGUCAUUUCUCCUCCGUUUAUUGUCAACAAAGAGCCAGUGUGGCUUCUGAGGAUGUGUCUAGACUACAGAGUUUUUUCGAAAAAACUUCCCCUGCAUCUAGACUGCUGGUGUGUUCUUUCGAAAGUAAAUUGAAAGAACAUGGUAGUUAUUUCGACAGUGGAAAACCUCGUUUUACAAGGAAUAAUGCCUUUUUUCUAAAGUGCUCUUUUGAAAAAAGGCACUAUGUAAUGCAAAUUGUGCUUUUUUGAAAGAGAGCAUACAGACUGCCUGGGUGCUCUCUUUUGAAAAAAUGGCUUGCUUUUUUGAAAGUACUGGUUGUAGUCUAGACGCUCUUUUUUGAAAGAGGCUUGCAGUCUAGACGUAGCCUGAGAGAACUGGCUUGCAUCGGUAUCCCACAAUACCUGUCCUGAUGGCUGUGCUCAGUGUUUUGUGAUUGCUGCUGCCCUGCAGGGAUGCACUCCUCCCCUUUCAAAGCUCUGGGAAGUAUUUGACAGCUGAGUGAGCUGUUCCCUUAGGGGAACAAACAAAAAGAGCAAAUCAUUGGAUUGUUUCGUUUCUGUUCUGCUCUGCUAGAAACACAGUGGCAGGCAGACUGCUACUGCAGGGCAAGAGCUGGAGAGACUGCUGUGCUGCUUUGAUAUUCCUCAGCACUGAGAGCUCAUGGAUCUUGAGGGAAUCCCAAGUAGCCCUCAGGGAAGGGAGGAACUGCCACAAAUGGAAGAAGACUGCGAAGGCCCAAUUGCCUCCUAGUAUUAGACAAGAUGGUGGGGACCCUAAAUGGUAGCUGGUAAAGCACAGGCAUGUGUUAGGAUAAAGCCGGAGGAAGUCUCAGCUGUUGGCAGGGCCAGCGUUGGUUCCCUAAGCAGAAGCCUACAAAAGAGGAGUGUGCAUAAGAUCCCUCCCACAAACCUGGGUGGGCAUGUGUUUUUCUUGCCACUUAUUUUAUAUGGCUCUGGAGCAUUUGCUUUAAAAAACCCUGAAAAAAAAUGAGACUUUGAAAUAACAAUCACAGUAGCAGGCUCUAUGGCAGCUCACCAUACACAUUCAGGCCUCUUCUGCCCUACAUACUUAGAUCAACGUAAGUUGCAUUCGUGAACUAACUCCGUAAGCAUCUACACUAAAAUGUAGCUUCCACCGACGUCACUCACCCUCUCCACCGACUUAAUAACUCCACCUCUGAGAGAGGCAUAGUGCUCAGGUUGAUGUAGUUAGGUCAGUGCAGUGUCAAUGUAGAUCCGGGUGGGCAAGAAAAUGACAGCAGUUUGCUAAGGUUAGCCCUGGUGGGCCGCUGUCGCUGUGAGCCUCACAGGUACAGGUGAUUGCAGCUCCUGCUGGCCACAGAUCAUGGUUCCCAGCCAAUGGGAGCUGGAGGAAGUGGCGUGGACCAGGCCACCACUUCCCACAGCUCCCAUUGGCCAGGAACAGCCAACAGGAGCUGCAAUCACCUGUUCCUGUGGGAAACGCAGGUAAAUAUAGUGAUGGCUCACCAGGGACUAGUCCUGGGCAACCAGAUCUGGCCCACAAGCCUGUCAUUGCCCACCCCUGUGUAGACACGGCAUUAUUUACAUUGCCGAUUGUUACCUUUCAGAAGCUGUCCCACAACACCCCAUGCUGACAGUUAAUUUGGUGCAAGCUGUCCUGUUGAGGACAUGCCCCACUGAUGUAAGGAGUGUAGGGCAGACAUGGAAAAGUGACUGAAUUACUGAGGUGGCUGGAGGAUAACUUUUUAUAGCAGACUUGUCCUGAAAGGCAGGGUCCUCCACCCUCCAUCAGCACUCAAGUCCACAUAGGAUACACUAGAAACCUUCUGUAUUAUUUACAGUCUAUUGGCAGAGCAUUGAAGGUCAUGGAAUGUGUAACAAUAAACAGGCGGAUUUAAUAGGCGAAUGGGAUUUAUUUUUCAUUGUCAUUUAAAAGUUUGGAGUUUUACUUUCCUCUCUCUUUUCUAAAAAUAAAUCAAGCCUAGUUCUCCUCCCAGUUACAAGAAUGCAACCGCAUGGUGUCACAGAGGAGCUCUGGUUUUUAAAUCUGGGCCAGGGAUAAGGACUUAGUAUACACAGGAGAAGGUAGAGAGAAGUGACCACAGCAAACAGCUGGCAUGAUGCUGAAUGCAGGGAUGUAAAUCCCAUUUAAUCAGUUAAUCAGUUAAAUGUUAUGUUUGAUCGGUUAACCGUUUGAAUGAGGGCAGGUGGGGAGAUUGGAGCAGCUCCCUGCCUGCAGUAUGGGUGUCAGGCCCAGCUGGCUGGAAUGCUUCCUGCCCACAGUAUGGUGGGCCCAGCAGGGCUGGAGUGCCCCCUACCCGAUGCAGGCAGGGGGCUGUUCUGGCUAGGCUGAGCCCAUCUCACCGCACUGCAGGCGGGGGGGGCGCUGCUCCAGCCCAGCCGCCUGUUACCGGUAAACCCUUGACAUCCCUACAUGAAUAAGAAGUGUUGUUCUUUCUCAGUGGAUUGCUCAGUUCUUUCUCAGUGGAUUGCCUAUCGGAAUGAAGCCUGCAUAUUUUCUGUGCCCUUUGACUUCAGUGAAAGAUUCUGGGCAUGCAGGAUUCAGGCCUGUCUUUGCACCUUUAUCCAUAAUGGUUACAUAAAGCAAGGUUCCACGUACACUUUCACUGCUCAUGUGAACUGAGCCUUACACAGGUAUUUCCCAAUGCUUUUAAGGUCUAGAGAGUAAGUGUGAGCCCAUGGACAGCCAGUCCUCCUGGAUUCUGUGGUCAAUUUUAUAAGCGAACUCUCUCCUGCCAUCAUUUCCACCCUCUGACAAACAGAAGCUAGGGACACCAUUCCUUACCUAGACUGGCUAAUAGCCACUAAUGGACUUAACCUCCAUGAAUUUAUCUAGUUCUCUUUUAACCCCUGGUAUAGUCCUAGCCUUCACAACCUCCUCAGGCAAGGAGUUCCACAGAUUGACCAUGUGCUGUGUGAAGGACUUUCUUUUAUUUGUUUUAAACCUGCUGCCCAUUAAUUAUCAUUGUCUUGUCUGGGCUUGACCCAAUCAUUCAUCACUAUUUUACAGCUGGGCCAAAGAAAGGUAAUAUCUCCCUCACAAAAGUGCUGAGGGGCUUCAUUAAUGCAUGCUUGCAAAGCACUCAGAUCCUUGAAUGCAAGGUGCUAUUGAUGAUGAUUUGGAUCAUUUUUUUCUAUUACGAAAACUGGGUCUAGACACCAUUGACCUGAAGACAGAUUGAGGAUGCUUUGGGACUUGAACAAGAUGCAGAGAAAACACCUCAGCACCUUGUGUAAAUAAUUUUGGCUUUAAUUAAUUAGGCCCUGAAAUGUUACCAUCUCCUGGCAAGCAAUGUGAGAGGAGCUGGAUUCUGUGGGUGCGUGCACAAAUUCCUGUUCGCCACUGGAGAGUAGUAAUUAUGCUCUCCUGUAAAAUGCAAUAGACUGCCGCAAGCUUUUUUAGUUUCUCAUCAAUACACAAAAGAAAACCCUGCUUUUACCUGAGUUUUCCCCAGCCAUAUGCCCUUGGGGGCUUCACAGAGGCAGCCCAAAGAUGUGCAGGAUCAUAAUGUGCACUUGUCACUAAAGUUAACCCCUGAGGUUGAGCAAGAUCAGGUCCAGAUGCAAGGGAGGUGCAAAGGGUGCAAAAGCACCUCCACAUCAUCCCCCAAGUAAGCAUGUGCCGGCCAGCCAGGGGAAGGCAGGAGCAAUAUGCUGCCCGAGCCUCCAUCCCCCAUGCUCUGGCCAGCCAGGGGAAGACUGGGGCUGAUUUCCCUGCUUACUCAGGGAACCACGGCGGGUGUACAUUCAAUUACAAAAGAAAGCUCACCCAUACCCCUCCCCCGAAAUUCCUGAAUAUGGGCCUAAAGACACGUCACAGGAAAUGACGCUUUUGCUAUGCACAAGCAUCUCCCAGAAAUUCUGACAUACUCUUAUCGGACAGGAAACACCCCACCAGGCAUCCCUGUUGCAGUCAAAUACUGUAACGUCUCCCGAUUAAAUAGCUAUUUGAAUCACCAUUGCUCAUCCUUACAGCGUCCCGUGCGGCCCGCAUGACUUUCCCUGGAUAAAAAGCAGCGUUGGCCUUUGUUCUUUUGGCUGCUGAGCAGGAACAAUCCAGUGUUCCUUUCUCUUCUCCAGAUAAGUGAGCCACAGUGAGGCUCGGAAAGUGAAUUUCCUUAUUUCCCCCCCUUGCUUCUUAACAUUGCUCAGGCAACAUACAAGCGAGGAGAGAAAAGAGAUGGAGAAACUUUGGCUGUGUCUUCUCUCCUGGUUUUAUUGAAGUGUUUUUCUUCUGUAGCUUAUUUUCCUGCAGCACGGGCUCUGUCAUGCCUCACAGGAACAGUUCCACAGAGGGGGAGUUGCUGACUCUACCCAUCAAGGCAAAACAGAGUCCUAAUAACCUGAUCAAGUGGCUUAACCUUCCCCUCCAGGCCGUUUCCUACUGUAGAGGUCUGUGGAAGUGCUUGGGGGAGGCGGACAUGAUCGCGCUGCAGGAGAGACUGCCCUUGCUGUUGCUGCCCAGGUUCAGAGGAUAGAGGCCUUCCGUCUCCAGUCCUGACACUGUGGCAUCCUAAAGGAAACAUGUUCAGGACAAUAAGAUAAUCAGGUUUCCUGUCAGAGAGUAGGCCUUGAAGACCAUUAUCUGACAUCAUCAGGGACAGAAUCCAAAUCUCAGGAGAUUUUUGUGGCAAUACACUAUUAAAAUGCAUUGGGGAGAUAGAUAGGAAUAAGGACUGUGGGACUGAACCCCUAUUUGGAGUCCGGGUUUCAGAGAUGGGGGUACAUGCCUUCCUUUUGACCUCAGCCACAGUGUGGGGAUUUGAAAUCUGAUCCUUAGGGUCUUGAGUCCCACUUCAAAUUCAGAUAAUGCUUCUAAUAUACCUAUUCAAUGAUGAGGUUCUGCAUUAAUGGUGAGCGACUCAUAAAGCAAAGCUGAGAAUUGCUGUGCUGAAGAAAACAGCUUUAUAACGAGCUCUCUCCCCUCCAUUAUUCCUACCUCAGCCUCUACGAAGUUGUGUCACUGUCAGAAUAAAUCAAAUCCAAUGAAAGCAAUAAAGAGUUUUUCUCCCUGCACACCAUGCGGGGCCAGGAGACAAGUGAGCCCAGUGCUGUCAUAAAUGCCACACAUUGACAACAAAGGGUUGUCACAUUACACACGUUCACAGUAAAGGCUUGAUCCCAUUUAAGUCGGUGACAGUGGUGUGUUCGAUAAAUACUUUCCCAUUGAAGCCUGAAUUAUUUAGCUGGGUUAAAAUCAAAUUGCAGUCUAUGCCCUGCACUGACCAAAGUAACCCGGGCAUGGAUCCAUUGGACUUUUGGGAUAUUUAGAACAAAAUACAAACUUUGGGUUUCUGUCCUCUUCUGUUUAUCUUGUCUGCUAUAGGAUUUUAGAUCUAGUUUCAUCCAUAGGAAGUGUUUGCAAAAGAAAUGGGUGUCUUUGCAUUUUCUUUUCUUUCUUUCUUUCUUUCUUUCUUUCUUUCUUUCUUUCUUUCUUUCUUUCUUUCUUUCUUUCUUUCUUUCUUUCUUUCUUUCUUUCUUUCUUUCUUCGUUUUAACCUAAAAUCGGCUUGGAAGUGUCUGGAGUAAAUUAAUUGAAUUACUCAGAGAGGAACUGGGAGGAGGUUUCCUUCCUGGAAUCAGAGCUGGCAAUCUUUCUAAGUUAUUUAAUGGUCCUAGUUUCUGAAAACAUAUUGAAGGAAAUAUCUUAACAAUGAGAUAGCCACUUCGCCAAAUACUAAUUUGGUAUUGUGUUGGAUUUGCUGCCGGCGUACAUUCUGACUUCAUAUUCUCCCCUGUCAUUUUGACUUGUUUGUUUGUUUUAUUUUGUUCUGGUGGGGAAAAAGUGGACUAAUUAGCCUCACUCAGGACGUGUUGUACUUUCAGGUGUACAUUUGUACUAAUACAGAAUGUACUAUCCUGGAGACAAACGUCUGCAGCUCUCUUCCCACUUAGAGAACUGAAAAUGUAUCCACUUAUUUAUUAGUCAGACCUCCAAUAUAGAUGUAAGUGCUUAACUAUAGGAAAGCAGAUUUGAAUGUUAGCCUACAUCUCUGAUAUCUUCAUUUCCUCUCCAUACAAUGGAGAUGUUUGACUAUCCUUGAAGAAGAGGCAUGAUUAUUGUUUAGCUGAUUGUGUAGCUCUUGGAACAGUUGUUAUAUUUAAUCUCUUUAUGCAAUUUCAUUGAUCCAAGAGUUUCUUUAACUUAGUCUUAUAGUUUUUUCUUUCCCUCCCUCAUUGCCAAUAGAGAAUAGAAGGUUCUCCAGAUGCCACUUAAAAGCGUCUUUGGAAAUAUCAUCUGCUGGGAGAAAAGAACAAGAUGCAAGAUGAUGUGCCUGUUUCAAAAGCUCUUUGGCACUUAUUUAUGAACCUGCCAGCCUUCUCUCUUCAAUGUUCAUUUCCUCAGGGUGGACAAUAGGGACAUUCCUAAAACAUGUAAUUUUAAAAAAUUACAAAUAAAGAUUUAAAUGGGAAAGUACCUAUGGAAACCAAUGACACAUGGCUGCCACAUGAUUAAUUUCUCUCACUUAAAAGAGUUUUUUUUCUUCAUCCUCCAAUUCAUCCUGCUCUGGAGAGUUAGGAGUGUAAAUUGCAGCUGAGUAAGAGUAUAUUCUGAGCUCUUCUACAACUUAAUAAUGUACAGAGUUUCAGAACUUUACCAACUGCAUACAUCACUAGAGACACAAAUAUUCCCUGUUCUUUGUUAAAUUGCUUCUUUUAUCUAAAUGUUUCAAUGCUUGUUGAACUGGUUGGCAUAUUUAUUCUCUCUCAAAAGAAUGACUGCCCAUCGCAGUCCAGAUUAGACAAAAUAUAGAUCACAGAUGUUGGGUCCCAGGUCAACAGAUUUGGGCUUGAAGCUAAACCCAUAAUCAAAUCCCAUCCACAAACUUUAAUGAAGUUCAGAAGCUUAUUUGGUUGUAACCUCAAACCUGUCCCUAACUUAUCUCUACAGUAUAUCAGGUUUAUUGUUGCAAAGAAAAUACAAACUAACAAAAACUCCAAACUUAGGGGGUUUUUCAGACUGUAAAGUGGGUUCCAAUCCUGCAGUCUGUUCCCGUGUAUCACUGCAAAUUCAAUCAUGGGAUCAGGGGCAUAGAUAAGAAAGCUCUCAUUUCAAAUGGCAAUUAGUAUUUAAAAUAAUUAAACCAAUGAGGAUAUAAGUCAUUCUUACAGAGAAUGGGGAGGGGAUUCACAUAUAUAUGUAUAUUUACUGCUUGAAACUCUGUAUUAAAAGCUCUGAAACAGAAAAGUUAUAUACCUCCUUUGAGAGCAAAGGGUUUGUUUGUUUGUUUUGCCCCCCACCAAACUUACACUCUUUAGUCUCUUACUGACUAAUACCUUAUUAAUUUAUUUUUCCCUAGGAAAAGGUUGUUUGUAUCCUAAAACAUUUAAACCUUUCACAAGGCUUGUUAGUUCAUCUCUGUUGGCAAAUAUACAUUCUAGCAUCCCACCAACCUGCCCUCUCCCUUCACCAACCCCAAAUGUUAUUGCAGUGAAUUUGGAAAAAGUAUUUUAAUAAAGAAAUCUUUGAACUUAA